ACAUGCCUUGGGUUGAACCGUACACCGAUCGUAGUAGAUUUGCUCUUUAGAAUUCUGCGCUAAUUUGCUUAACAUGAAAUUUGCUUUUAAAAUAAAAUAAGGAAAUGAUGUAACUUCAAUCUUUGCUCUUGCUACGUAAGAGUUAAAGAGGUUCUAUAAAUUGUUUAUGGAUCUCCGCAAGGGUUAAGCUUUUGCAAUAAAAGCAAAAUAUCACAAACUGUAUACACAAAUGAUGCCUAAAAUUGUCAAAUGAUUAAUAAGCCUUCUUUCCAACCAUACACUUCCUUUCAGAGUGAAGUUAUCUAUGAAAUUGGAAGCUAAAAUUCAAUAUCAGUUCAAAUAUUUUCUGACGUAUCCACAUACAAACGGUGUUUGUUCUGUAUUGAGGUGUAAUUGGUAACAACACAAAAUUCACCCGCCAGUUACUGUUCACGAUUGCUAACAAAAUAACGUGUUUGCGCGUUUCUCAUACGAAAAAAAUUAGCACAGUUAUAACCUCGUUAAUCAUCGACACCUACAUACAUAAGUAUUUAUUAUCAACGAACGAACCUAUUAGAAAAAUAAUAAUAUUUUUAGUGCUUCACUCAAACACUGAGGAUAACAGUCUGCCUUUUAGAAGAAAUUAAAUAACUUAGAGUGAGCUAAUUGUCGAAAACAAAACAAAAUCAGUCAAGAUGUGCGGCGCUUUGUGGGAGUGUAUCAAAUGUCCCGGAAAGGUUGUGUGUUGCUGCUGCAAAUGCGCCCUGAAUAUGUUUCUCGGCGUUUUUUGUUCGGUCAUUGUAUUAGCUGUUAUUAUCGGCCUGAUCGUUUACUUCACUGUGUAUUACCACAAGGAUAGUUCCAGUAACAAUCAAGAAAAGCUAGUAAGACAAGUGAUCACUGCUGCCCCGCUAACAUUUAAGGAGUACUUCCAGCAACAAAAUUAAAUACACAUACAUACAUAUCUAAUACUUAGACUAACACGGAGUUGAGGCAUUUUCAAUUAUUUACUUAGGUUAAGCAAUGAGUAUUAUUGUGUUAUAAUUAUUUAUGUGGUUGAUUUUUUUUUUUUUUUUUUAAUACUGAUUUUAUAGUUCUAAUGGCAAAAUUUAACUAUUUUUAAUGUUAUUUAGUUUAAGUGAAUUUUGUGUUAUUUGCAACGACAAUUAAAAUUUUAUUAUAGUAUACGUCGGUGAUACUGCAAAACAUGCUAUGUUACUUAUUACCUUUGGUGCUUAAUUGAUCUUUUAUCUGUAUCUGAUCGCUUUUGGCAAUCGUUCAUCUUCAUCAGCCAAAGGUAUACAGUUUUGUCAUUCGUUUAUUAGGGUGUAACGAUUUGCAGAUGCAUUCCUGUACAAGUAAGAGACCAUCUAAGUGUCAAGGGUACUUAUAGACAUUGAACGUUUUGCAGUAUCACCGACGAUAUGUACAUACGUAAUGUACAUGGCGUUGUGUAAUUCG